AUGAAGGAGCCCGCGGCUUACGCCAUGUGCGUGCUCGGGGGCAAGGCGUCGCCGACGGCGGCCGACGUCAAGGCCGUCAUCGAGGCCGCCGGCGGCACCGCCGACGAGGAGCAGCUCACGGCGCUCUGCGCCGCGAUGGAGGGCAAGUCGUUCGCGGAGAUGUGCGCCGCGGGCAUGGAGAAGAUCAAGGACGUCCCCAUGGGCGGCGGCGGCGGCGGCGGCGGCGGCGGUGGCGGCGGCGGCGGCGGCGGCGCGGCGCCGGCCGAGGAGGAGAAGAAGGAGGAGGAAGAGGAGGAGGAGAUCGACAUGGGCGGCGGCAUGGACAUGUUCGGCGGCGAGGAGGGCGGCGGCGACGACUACUAG